UAGGGAUUCUUGUCAAUCCGGGGGAUUAAUGGCCAAUAGCAACCUGCCCACAGAUGAUGUGGGAACCUGUAGGGCUUUAGUGAUGUUCCGCUGCCGCUGCUGCUAGGAUGCUCCCAGGGAGAAUGGGGGAUUCUCUGCUACUUUCAAGGGGAGGUAAUUUGCUGAGAACAAGGGGCAGGCUUUGCAAAGUAUAAAUAGUGCGACUUCAAUAGCACAUCCCUAUCUGAUGGGAAACUCUUAGCGGGCAGGAGGGACACAGAUCUCUAACGAGGGGCAUUAGGAAGGGGCGAACUCUCUAUCUCCCGCCGCCCCUUCAUGUCUGAUUGCUGAGCUUUCAGGGACCCUGCCAGCCAGAGCCCCGGCUUAUUAUUCUUAUUAUUAGCGCAGGCGAUGGAAGAACUUACUGCUUUUGUAUCCAAGUCAUUUGAUCACAAGAUCAAGGAGAAGAAAGAGAUGAUCACUUACCGGGAGGUGCUGGAAAGCGGCCCGGCGCGGGGCAAGGAGUCUGGCUGCGGAGAAGGGGCCCGUGAGGACGGACUAGCCGGGACCCGGUGUAUAGGAGGGGGCGGCGGCGGUGGAGGAGGAGGAGGUGGUGGAGGGGCCAGAUCCCCGGUUCUGGAGCUCGAUCUGUCCGUGGAGAGGAUCAGGGAGACUGGAAGCCCGAAGCUUACUGAGGUCUCCCCAGAGAUGAAGGAGCGGAAGGAGGAGCUGAAGCAGCAGGCGCUGGAGGAAGAGAGCCAGACUAAGAUCAAGCAGAGAAGGAGUCGGACUAACUUUACCCUGGAGCAACUGAACGAACUGGAGAGACUGUUUGAUGAGACCCACUACCCCGAUGCCUUCAUGAGGGAGGAGUUGAGCCAGCGCCUGGGCCUGUCAGAGGCCAGAGUUCAGGUUUGGUUUCAAAACAGAAGGGCAAAAUGUAGAAAACAAGAAAAUCAGCUCCAUAAAGGGGUCCUGAUAGGAGCAGGGAGCCAAUUUGAAGCGUGUAGAGUCGCACCUUAUGUCAAUGUGGGAGCCCUGAGGAUGCCAUUUCAGCAGGAUAGUCAUUGCAACGUGCCAUCCUUGUCCUUCCAGGUUCAGGCGCAGUUACAGCUGGACAGCGCCGUGGCUCACGCACACCACCACCUGCAUCCUCACCUGACGGCGCAUGCGCCCUACAUGAUGUUCCCGGCUCCACCCUUCGGACUCCCACUGGCGACCCUGGCUGCGGAGACGGCGACGGCUGCGUCUGUAGUUGCGGCUGCUGCGGCUGCUAAAACCUCCAGCAAGAACUCGAGCAUUGCAGAUCUUAGACUUAAAGCCAAAAAACAUGCAGCAGCUCUGGGACUGUGACUAGCACUGCAUGGGCCCUUAACCAGCAGGGCCCAACAGACUAUGUCUCAAAGCCCUUAUUUAUGAGCUGGAGUCUCUCAGCCAAACCCUUCGCCCUUUAUACCAUUCUGCAGGGAGUAGAAGGGCCCAGGUCAUGUGAUGGAGAGGACCCCUUUAUGCAGCAGAUUUUACUGGCCAGGUGAUGCUGAGCCUUUCAGUGGCCCCACUACCUGCAAACGUACCACUUUCUGGGGCCCAGUCCUCUGAUCACAUUUGCUAAACCACAGGAAGAGACCAUUUCUUAAAUAUUAGGGAUAUUUUUAUGCUAAUGUGUGAACAGUGGGGGUGCUGGGAGCACACAAUUUCUUUCUGCUGUGGAACUUGAAAGGGAAGGAAAAAAAAAUCUGUAAAAACCCUGGCACACAGAAACACCAGGGAAAAGAUGAGAUGGUGGGAAGUUCACAGGUUUUGACACUGACCCUUUUGUGCAAAGUUCACUUUAAUACAAGGAAUCUGACAAGUGAGGCGGGCCUCCUUAUGUCUCAUCUUCUGGAUGCACAGGCAAGUCUGGAAGAAUGAUUACAGAAAAAAAAAAUAACGACAGACUCUUUCUCUUCGAAUUUCUAACGGGGGAAGUGUAUUGUAGACUCGCUAGCAAAUUUCUGGUUUGCAUGUUCUUUGCCAUAUCAUUGAUGCUGUUUUUUGACUCACUUUGCACUUCAUCCUCAAUUGAAGCAGAGGGACAUUACAAAAGAAAUGAAGAUGAUGCCAAAAUACUGUAUUCCUUAUAGAACAAGCAUUUAACUGGGAAAUAAGAAACAAAACAAAAUCAACAUGCCCACUAUAUAUAUAUAUAUAUAUUUAAAGGUAAGGGAUGGCCCUCCAGCUUUUGUUAAGAUACAGGUCUGUUUCCUAAGGGAUGCUGGGAAUUGUAAAUCAACAACAGCUGGAGGGAAGAAGGUUGGAAAUCCCUGUCCGUAGGAAAUCAUUGGGUUCUAGGGCCGACGUUACAGGAAAGGGUGCCCCUAGAAAUUUAACAAUGGGAAGUGUUCUCUCUAAUUUAUUUCUGUCUGCAUGUGCACCACAAUUUGAUGUGUACACCCAGGAGUGCAGUGCUUAGAGGGAUCAUUGAAAAUAAAUGACAUAAAUCAGAGAUUUCCAAUCUACUGACCUCCAGCUUUUAUUGAACUACAACUCUCAUCUUAGGAGUGUCAGUGGGAUACUGGGGGUUUCAUUUUCACAACAGGUUUUACAUCCCUGAUGUAUAUACUGAUGUAUAUACUGACUGUCUAGCAACUGUUACAUAAUAUAUGUCAUUAGUAUUUUUAUAUAUGCUUUUAACCCCUGAGUGGCCCCUGUGCCCUAUUCUAAAACUGGCCCUGAUUACUUAGAAGACCAACUCAAUGAUUUUAAAAUCGUUAUGGUGCCAAAGAGGGCAUGGAACCUAUCCGCUCCUAAAAAUCCUGGCACUUAAAAAUCCUAGAGACAAGGAUCUCAUAUCACUUCUGGAUAUUACCCAAGGGCGUACUGUAUUAAAGCUGAUAUUUAAUGCACAACCCAUGAUAGCCUUUGGCUACAUGUAAAAUAUGUUAAUAAACAUGAACAAAGUUUAUUUUGGUUACAUUGUGAAUUGAUAGUCGGUUAGCAUUUGCAUUUUGAUUUCAUAAAAGGUGUAUUCUAUUCAAGUAAAUUGUGAUUUUUAUUUUGAAUACAUAUGGAUAUUUAAUGUUGGGGACCCGGAAGUUGAAAUGAUCACAGUUUGCUAGCAAACACUUAUUUGAGAAAAGUGAUGAUUGUGGGGAUUUAAAAAAGAAAAAUGCUCUUCUAUAAAUCAGCCUUGUUGGGUGGGCUUUGUAAUUAUUUGUUCUCCAUGAAAACAACUUAUUUAUAUAUACAAUAUUUUUUCCAGCGUGCUUUUAACUUAUUUUACACCACUUUGUAUGUUAUUGCUGCAUUGCAUUUGAUGUUGGUACAAUAUAUUUUUAAAUCACUCA